AUGGCGUCUUCACGUAAGCUAUCGUCGUCCGACGACUAUGCUGAGAUCUUGAAUCGGUAUGACACAUGGCUGUUCGACUGUGACGGGGUGAUCUGGUCGGGAGACGACAAGAUCGCAGGAGCUGGUGAGGCAGUGGACUUGUUGCGACGACAGGGAAAGAGAGUCUUGUUUGUCACCAACAAUGCCAGCCGGAGUCGGAAGAUGCUGAAGAAGAAGUUUGAUCGAUUGGGGAUCAGCGCCAGCGAGGAUGAGAUUGUAUCGAGCGCCUUUGCAGCAGCUGGAUAUCUCAAAGAUGUGCUGAAGUUUCCUGCGGAUCGCAAAGUGUACGUGAUGGGGAUGGAAGGCAUCGAGGCCGAACUCGACGCCGUCGGUAUCCUGCACUGUGGAGGGACAUCGCCCGAGGACAAUCAGUUCCUUCCAGCCAACGACUACUCCCCUCUACAGAGUGAGGGCGCUAUCGAUCCCAGUGUGGGCGCGGUUUUAUGCGGGUUUGAUAUGCACAUGAACUACGCCAAGCUCUGCAAGGCAUUCAAGCACCUGACCCGGGAGGGAGCUCAGGGCCCGGUUCUCGCAGGCGAACAGGGAGGAGGAUGCCAUUUCCUCCUGACAAACGAUGAUAAAGUGGUUCCUGCUCUAGGAGAACCAUGGCCGGGAUCCGGCUCUCUCGCCACCCCGUUGAUCGCUGCGACAAAACGAGAGCCCAUCAUCGUCGGUAAACCUCAUGCACCCAUGCUGGACAUGGUCAAGUCGCUGUAUCAGAUCGACGAAAAGCGCUCCAUCUUCGUGGGGGACAACCUCCACACGGAUAUCCUGUUUGCCAAGGACGGCAACAUUGAUUCACUCCUGGUCCUGACCGGCGUAACGACUGAGAGAGACUGCCAGGAGGAAGGCAUCUGGCCAUCGUACAUCAUUCAGGGGAUCAGUGCGUUGACCAGCGUGGAGAGAGGACACGAAGCUGCAAGUGGGAGCGGUGAUCAAGCUGCCAGACUCGCAUCUCUCUGA